AUGGAGGACGCAGCCACGACUGUGCAGGAGUUCGAGCUCACGUGGGUCGUUUACGACCCAAAGGAUCCGUUCGGGGCCAUUCUGGCACUAUGCACGCUGUCCCCCAUCUUCCUCGUGAUCGUGUACCUCACAGUCGUGGCCUCGCAGCGAGACUUGGACAGCAUUUUCAUGCUUGUGGGGCAGCUCGUGAGCGUCGUGCUCAAUAAAGUCUUAAAGAAACUCAUCAACCAGCCGCGACCGGAAGGCGCGUAUAUGAGCGGACCGGGGAUGCCAUCGGCGCACUCCCAAUUUAUGGGUUUCUUCGCAGCUUACAUGGUGAUCUACACAUGGAAGAGGCUGAACUCCCGUCGAUUUCUGGAGCAGUGGUUCACUAUUUUCAGUGCUGUUAUGUCGGCAGUGUUGACCUGCUACUCGCGAAUCCACUUGAACUACCACUCGAUUGACCAAGUGGUUGUUGGUGCCGCCGUCGGGGUGCUUACUGGGACUGUCUGGUACGCUCUGGUCGCUGCGGCCUCUCCGUGGUUGUUCCCUCGUUUAGUGGAGUCGCGCCUUGCCAAGUUUUUCUACGUCCGCGACAUCUCGCACAUCCCCGACUUGACUGUCUACCAACACGAAGUUUGCAAAAAGGCUACUGCUACUUCUCCUAAGAAGAAGUCUCAGUAG